UUGUACCGAUGUAUCAAACCAGGUGUUGUUAAACUUAUUAUUUUCUUCAAACCUUUCCUCUGCAGGGUUCUCCUGUUGAGAUGUAAACUGGGAGUGUUGCAGUACACCGUAGUAAGACCUAUCACAACAGUGAUUGCCUUAAUCUGUCAGCUGUGUGGAGUUUAUGAUGAAGGCAAUUUUAGUUCGAAAAAUGCAUGGACGUACCUGGUCAUCUUCAACAAUAUGUCACAGCUGUUUGCCAUGUACUGUCUGGUGCUCUUCUACCGGGCUCUGAGAGAAGAACUCGGUCCAAUCAAGCCAGUGGGAAAAUUCCUAUGUGUCAAAAUGGUGGUGUUCGUCUCUUUCUGGCAAGCUGUGUUCAUUGCUUUGCUGGUAAAAGCAGGCGUUAUCUCAGUGGACAGUACAUGGGACUGGAAAAGUGUGGAGGCUAUAGCUACUGGCUUACAGGAUUUCGUCAUCUGUGUGGAGAUGUUUCUGGCAGCCAUUGCCCAUCACUUCAGCUUCACCUACAAGCCGUACAUCCAGGAGGCUGAGGAGGGUUCUUGCUUUGACUCUUUUAUGGCAAUGUGGGACGUUUCUGAUGUCAGGGCAGACAUUUCUGAACAAGUCCGCAAUGUUGGCAGAACAGUUAUGGGUCGUCCCAGGAAGUCCUACUUCGGUGAGGCGCAGCAGGAUGGGGAGCGAUCUGGCCUGCUCUCCUCGGCCUCCCAGGAUGCCAUCACAGAAGCAGCAGCCUACCCUGUCUCUCCCAAUGGUCAGUACCAGGGUCUGGGCAGAACCCCCACACCUCACUCCCGGUCGGCCCCCGCUGGGCUCAGCUCGGCCCCCUGGGACGAAGGAUAUGAAGCUGAACCUGAACCUGAAGCUGAAAAAAGCCAGGAAGGGGGAAGGUCCGACCAAACCAAAGAACCAGCUGAGGCAGAUCUCAUCGAGAUCACCUAGCCUAUCGUUACGGCCGAUGUUACUAAUCAGACAUUGUUGGGCGGGACCCAAUCACAGCCUUGCCAUGUUACUUCAGACGUUACUGUACUGAUGCAGUAUUAAAUAAAUUGCUGUUUGAAGGGCACAUCAACAAAGUAAUAGAAGUUUGCAAAUAAAUGCAAAGUCAGAUGGACCUCUCUCCCAGUGACGGCUCCAAGAAUGUUCACUGAAGGUAUGGCACUAAAUGAUUUUUCUUUUUUAAAAGCAUUUUACGCAGUUCCGUUGUACUUAAGAGUUAUGGCACAGUAGAAGAAAGAUUUUAAAAUGAAUUGUUAUUGGGAAAUUCCAGUUUAUUUGAAUGUGUCUCGAAGCAUACUGUCGUGUGUGUUGCGAUAAGACGCCAGUUAACCCUUGCUGAACUCUGAUCCAAGCUUGGAUGAAUAUCCUUUCCAAACAGGAAAUUGCUACUUUUUUUGUGUCAAAACAUGACCUCAAAUGUUACAGUUGGGUGAUUAAGUGAAAUAUGCAAUGUUACUAAAUGUUUUCCUUAUUCUAUAUCUUACUUUAUAGGGAUUUCAGAGGACAUUGAUUGAAAUAAGUAAUGUUACAUUGUAGUAUCUACGGUACUAAAGCACAUUAGAUGUCCAGAAUCCUCUUAUUUAGUUGGCCCUAGUCCGUAAAGUCCCUGUACCCCAGAGGGAAGGGAUUAAAUAGCAACACACUUUGUUGAUGCACAUUUGAGACUAAACGGUCUCAUGCAGUAAUUAACUACUGACUAGUGCUGAAAGAUGUGUCCUGACGGAAUACAAAACAAUAUAUUUGUUUGAGUUUGAGUAUAUACUGGAUGUACAGUCUGAGUAUUAAGACAACAAACGCAAUUCAAUCACUGGUUAAUUCCCCAACAGUGCUUAAUGCACACAGCUAACUGAAACAUGUGAUGCCUUGUUACAUGUGCCGUGGAACUACUGCAGCCACUACAUCAACACAGCCUUUAUAUUCCAUGAUCUGUUUUAUUUGAUGAGAUGUUACCUUUGAUUUGAGCUGGAAUGACCAUGUCUUGUCUUCUUCUUUUGUCAAUGUUGUUACAUGAUUUAUUUUGAGCAGGGAUAUUGAAAUAUUUAAUGCAAGUGUAUGAUAUCAGUUUGUCCGAAAAAAGACACAAAUGUAUGGAAAUAUCAGCAUAACCUGCAUCAUGUCUGACUAAAGCACAUUGCCUUAUAUCAUUUUUGUUCUUCAAUAAAACUGACAGGAUGACAUCAGAGCUGAUGUAAAUGAUUCCACAUUUAAAUUCUGACAUUCUCUUCAAUAAAUCAGAUAAAUUACAAA